AUGAACGACUGGGCUGCACAAAAUGUCACUCCGGCAGCUUCAAACAAUAUUCAGGCGCUUGCCAGCUCUUUUGGAGCGCCCAACUUCUUCUGUGGUCUUGAUAACUUUUGCAAUGCCGGCCAGCCGUGCCUUCCGAUCACGCUCCCUGCUUGGUACCUCAUGGUCGCUAUCCAGAACUGGAACAGCUACAUGAACUCGCUAAACACAGCCAUCAUCUUUGCGUCGAGCAUCCUCAGCAUGAAGCUCCCCAGCAUCGUAUCCGACUUCUACCCGGACCCAGACGACAACGUCACACCCCUGCAGAACAUAGUGCGCAUGUUCAGCACGGUGCUCAGCAUCGUGCCCUUCACCGGACCCGUCAGCACGGCGGCCGGGGCAGCCUCGACCGGCCUGUCCUUCCUCGCCGGCCAGAUGCACGCCCCCGAGCCGACCGACAAGUUCAUGGCAUGGUCCAACGUCGGCAACUCGCUAUCCGAAGUAGUGCAGCUGUACCAGCAAGCCGUGUCCGACUCGAUCCAGGCCACCAUCGACGCCCAGCUCAACGCCACCAACGGCGUCAACUCCGUCGUCGCCGGCGGCCGCUUCCUCGGCGUCAGCCAGAACUUCACGCAGGCGGACCUGCAGGACCAGGUGACGAGCGUCAUCGAGACAUUCGCCAUCGGCCUGACGCUGCAGGCCAGGAAGGUCUUCAUCUACCGCGACUCGUACAGCGGCGACAGCGAGUGCCGCACGCCCUACCUCGGCGGCUGGACCGAGUACUGCGUCAUCGACGCCGGCGGCGGCGGCGCCGUCUACUACACGCUGCUGUCUAUCGACAGCAACGGCAACUCCAACCCCGAGCUCGACGCCGCGGACAUCAUGGUCAACAAGUACGGACUCGUGCAGUCGCAGUUCCUUGAGAUUCCGACGCAUUGCUUCGAUCAGAAUAAUAAGACGCAGCUGGCUUUCCCGUUCCAGGGCGACGCACUGCCGCUGAGUGCCUGGGAUCCGUGCGUCUUUAACUUGCAGGUCUGCGAUGCGCCGAACCAUGAUGUGUAUGAUAAGGGUAUUUCGGAUAUCUUUGCCAGCGUUGCCAUGCGAGAAAAGUCAAGUGCUCUGGAGGUCUGCCUUGCCAAAACUGUCGGCAAGCUCACCGAGAGCCCGAAUGCUCAUAUCCUCAGCGGAACAGAAAAGUUCAUUGAUGGAUUGCUCGAGGAAAUUGAGCGGCUCAAGCGCCAAAAUGCCUCCGUCACACCGCAAAGCCAUGCAACGGCCCCAAGUCUCGUCCCCGAGACAGUGCUGCCACCUGGCACAACUGAACACGAUGGCAUUGCAUUAAACCCAACGCUCAACGCCAAGCCGUGGUUCGAUAGUGUCAAUGUGUUCCGCACCCCAAUCCUCAUUGGGGAAGCAGCCGACAAUGCAUUUGCCACCCGAUUCCGCCAAGCCAUCUCCGACCCUCAGGCUCCUGAGCCCACUCACCUGCUACGGAUCAACUACAUCACCGACGAACCGCUGAUGAAUCUGGCAGGGUUCGAGGUCGCGUGGCCCAGCCCGUCGCGGGCGAGGUUCUUGAUCGGAGCCGCUCUGAAUUACGUCAGCCGCUGUUAUUGCCUUGUUCGCCGGAGUUCGAUCAUGGAGGACCUGGAACAGAGUAUUCGUGAUCCAACGUGGGGUAACCCUCUACUCCACUGCAAGUUCUGGGCCUUGUUCGCCGUCGGCGAGCUGUGCUCGACAAGGUCUGUCGGAACCCAGGGCUUCCCCGGUAUCGCCUUCUUUUCACAGUCCUUGAAAGUGCUCGGCCUUCUCGAUGAACUCCCGGGGCUGGAUUCUAUUGAGCUUCUUCUCCUCAUCUCCUUUUACUCCAUGGCUCUCCAUCGGCGAUACAGCGCAUAUAUCCUGGCAGGAACAGCCAUGCGCUCCGCAAUUGUAGCAGGUCUCCAUCUGAACGUUCCAGAAUCCCAACUCCCUGACCCGGGCGUUCGAGAGCACCGAAAGCGAUUGUUUUGGACGGCAUACAUCUUCGACCGGAUGUGGGCGUCCAAGCUGGGCCAUCCACCCGCAACACAAGAUGACGAUAUCGGAGUAGACCUGCCUUCAGAAUCGCCAGUUGGCAGCAAAUCUUCCAACGACUUCACCGACUCAGCUUAUCAUGUCGCCAACAUCAGACUAACAAGCCUACUCACAAAGGUCAUCCGCUCCGUCUACAGCCUGCGCAAACAAAACCACGGCGAAAGUCUAUCAACCCGCAUCCACCAAUCCCUGAAAGAUCUCCAAGCCUGGGUCGAAUCGCUCCCGCCACAGCUCCAGAUCGACCAAUCAUCCGAAGCGACCCACGAUCUAAAGACAAUCUCACUCCACCUCGCAUUCAACCAGUGCGUCAUCCUCGCCACCCGCCCCGUCCUCCUCCACACCCUGCGCUCGCACAUCGCCUGCGUGCCCUCCUCCGCCCCUCUUCCUCCUCCCCCUGUCCCACCCACCGCCUCCACCCUCGCCGAAGCAUCCAUCCGUUGCGCCCGCCACUCCUUCCGCCUGCUCACGCAGUCCUGGAUCGACGGCUCGUUCGCGACUUUCGACGCGCAUUUCACGCAGUACCUCUUUUCCGCGCUGACCAUCCUCGCUGUGUCGAGCUUGCUGGAGACGAAGGACAGCGGCGGCGACUGCGACGCCUUCGAGGAGGCGGCAAGGCUGCUAGACCAGCUGCGCGUGGCGGGGAGCUGUGUGGCGCAGGAGUAUGGGAAUCAUGUUGAGGCGAUGAGGGGGGGCGGUGGGGGCCAAGAGGCUGUGGUGACUGGUGGAAGGACGACGGAGACGGUGGGCAUGACGUCGGCGGAGCCGUCGUUGAGGGAGUUGUUGGAGCAGCCGUUUAUUGAUUUGCAGUUUUUGGAGGAUGCGGUUGAUUAUGAGGGGUUGUAUUGGCCGGAUCUGAGUGCCGGGACUUGA